AAGAGGGAGCGAAACAUGAGAGGCUGUGUGAGAAGCUGCAGCCGCCGGCAGAGGAGACCUCAGCAUCAUCUAGAGCCCAGCACUGCCCCGCCGCCGCCGUCGCCGCCGUUUCUGUUCCUGCUACUGUCCCACCUAAACAACUCCCGUUACACGGACAAGUGAACAUCUGUGGCUGUCCUCUCCUUUUCUUCCUCCUCUUCCAACUCCUUCUCCUUCUCCCACUUCCCAGCCGCAGCAGAAAGCCCCCAACCCAACUGACACUGGCACAACUGCAAACGGUGUCAUCUGCACAACUUUAUCUGGCUCCUCUGGCUCCCCUAAGGCGUUGGACCCAUCGCCGCGUCUUUUAUAUUUUGCAAAGUUGCAUCGCUGUACAUAUUUUUGUCCCCGCCACCUCCCUCUGCCUCUCGAGUGCCCUGCAGCCCCGCAGCCUCCUCCUGGAGCUGCGCCCUAGUGCCCCUGCUGGGCAGUGGCGUUUCCCCCCCAUCCUCCCGCGCCCAGCCCCUGCUGCUCUGGGCAGACGAUGCUGAAGAUGCUCUCCUUUAAGCUGCUGCUGCUGGCUGUGGCUCUGGGCUUCUUUGAAGGAGAUGCUAAGUUUGGGGAAAGAAACGAAGGGAGCGGAGCAAGGAGGAGAAGGUGCCUGAAUGGGAACCCCCCGAAGCGCCUGAAAAGGAGAGACAGGAGGAUGAUGUCCCAGCUGGAGCUGCUGAGUGGGGGAGAGAUGCUGUGCGGGGGCUUCUACCCUCGGCUGUCCUGCUGCCUGCGGAGUGACAGCCCGGGGCUGGGGCGCCUGGAGAACAAGAUAUUUUCUGUUACCAACAACACAGAAUGUGGGAAGUUACUGGAGGAAAUCAAAUGUGCACUUUGCUCUCCACAUUCUCAAAGCCUGUUCCACUCACCUGAGAGGGAAGUCUUGGAAAGAGACCUAGUACUUCCUCUGCUCUGCAAAGACUAUUGCAAAGAAUUCUUUUACACUUGCCGAGGCCAUAUUCCAGGUUUCCUUCAAACAACUGCAGAUGAGUUUUGCUUUUACUAUGCAAGAAAAGAUGGUGGGCUGUGCUUUCCGGAUUUUCCAAGAAAACAAGUCAGAGGACCAGCAUCUAACUACUUGGACCAGAUGGAAGAAUACGACAAAGUGGAAGAGAUCAGCAGAAAGCACAAGCACAACUGCUUCUGUAUUCAGGAGGUUGUGAGUGGGCUGCGGCAGCCCAUUGGUGCCCUGCAUAGUGGGGAUGGCUCGCACCGUCUCUUCAUUCUGGAAAAAGAAGGUUAUGUGAAGAUACUUACCCCUGAAGGAGAAAUUUUCAAGGAGCCUUAUUUGGACAUUCACAAACUUGUUCAAAGUGGAAUAAAGGGAGGAGAUGAAAGAGGACUGCUAAGCCUCGCAUUCCAUCCCAAUUACAAGAAAAAUGGAAAGUUGUAUGUGUCUUAUACCACCAACCAAGAACGGUGGGCUAUCGGGCCUCAUGACCACAUUCUUAGGGUUGUGGAAUACACAGUAUCCAGAAAAAAUCCCCACCAAGUUGAUUUGAGAACAGCCAGAGUCUUUCUUGAAGUCGCAGAACUCCACAGAAAGCAUCUGGGAGGACAACUGCUCUUUGGCCCUGAUGGCUUUUUGUACAUCAUUCUUGGUGACGGGAUGAUUACACUGGAUGAUAUGGAAGAAAUGGAUGGGUUAAGUGAUUUCACAGGCUCAGUGCUACGGCUGGAAGUGGACACAGACAUGUGCAGCGUGCCUUAUUCCAUACCAAGGAGCAACCCACAUUUCAACAGCACCAACCAGCCCCCUGAAGUGUUUGCUCACGGGCUCCACGAUCCAGGCAGAUGUGCCGUGGAUCGACAUCCCACUGAUAUAAACAUCAAUUUAACUAUACUUUGUUCAGACUCCAAUGGAAAAAACAGAUCAUCAGCCAGAAUCCUACAGAUAAUAAAGGGGAAAGAUUAUGAAAGUGAGCCAUCACUUUUAGAAUUCAAGCCAUUCAGUAAUGGUCCUUUGGUUGGUGGAUUUGUAUACCGGGGCUGCCAGUCAGAAAGAUUGUAUGGAAGCUAUGUGUUUGGAGAUCGUAAUGGGAAUUUCUUAACUCUCCAGCAAAGUCCUGUGACAAAGCAAUGGCAAGAAAAACCACUCUGUCUCGGCACUAGUGGGUCUUGUAGAGGUUACUUUUCCGGACAUAUCUUGGGAUUUGGAGAAGAUGAACUAGGUGAAGUGUACAUUUUAUCAAGCAGUAAAAGUGUGACCCAGACUCACAAUGGAAAACUCUACAAAAUUGUAGAUCCCAAAAGACCUUUAAUGCCUGAGGAAUGCAGAGUCACGGUACAACCGGCACAGACACUGGCCUCAGAGUGCUCCAGGCUCUGUCGAAACGGCUACUGCACCCCCACAGGAAAGUGCUGCUGCAGUGCAGGCUGGGAGGGGGACUUCUGCAGAAUCGACCCCUGGAAUUUGAUUAAUGCAUUUGAAAGGUCAAAAUGACCCUGUCUCGUCAAAACAUAAGGAAAUGUAUUGAAGGAAUUUGACUCCAUCCACAGGGAUUGUACUCCCCAGAUUUAUCUUACCAGAAAAUGGCAAUUUAUACACCCAACUUUAUGUCUCAUUUUAGCAUUAUAUCUUUAUACUCCACAUUUAUAAUGUAGUGGUAAAAAAUUAUUUAAUAAAUAAAUUCUGGGCUAUAGGGUUACCCUAAAAAGGUUUGCUCAAAACAUCCUUUGCUGGCCAAUUGCACUGACUCCAGAAAGGGACUUCAAAGUGUAAUCAGAGAGCAAAGCAUAUGCUGUGUGCCCCUGGAAGCAAGGGAAAGGAGGAAUUCAAGGGAGUUUAUAUGGCGAAUAUUCCACCUAACCAAAAUCCAAAACCGUUCCUUUAUGUUGCAUUGGAGAUGCUUGAGCCUCUGUGUCUCCCCCUCAGGCUGGGCUGCUUCCAUGUUGAGGUCCUACCUUGAAGGAAUGGGAACAUAGCAGAGCGUGCGGGGCCGGCCCUCUGUAGUGAAGGCUUCUGUGGAGCAGAGAUUUCAAAGGACUAAAAUCUUCGUUUAAAAAAGAGUUAAUUUUGCAAAGGGUUGCAUUUGUUUCUCGUGAUCUCUGCUUCUCUAGAAAUGUCUCUCGUUCUCUGCUGAGUUCAGGCCCCCAAAUAACUAUAGGUGUAAAAGCCUGUUUCCUACUUACAUAUUUAUCUUUCAGAUCAUUUUGUAACUAUCUCCCUUCUUCUUUCCCUCGCUUCCCUUAGUCAGCAAAUAUUUGCUGGUCUCAUGCUCAGUCCUGUUUCUGACAUACAGAAUGAGAGUAUGAUGUUCUUGCUCUUUUUCUCUCCCAGCAAAAUGUGAGCCAGCUUGUCGUCAUGGAGGUGUCUGUGUUAGACCAAACAAGUGCCUCUGUAAAAAAGGAUAUCUUGGUCCUCAAUGUGAACAAGUGGACAGAAACAUCCGCAGAGUGACCAGGGCAGGUAUUCUUGAUCAGAUCAUUGACAUGACAUCUUACUUGCUGGAUCUAACAAGUUACAUUGUAUAGUUUAUGGAACUGUUUGAAUAUUCCUUUCCAAUGGGCAUUUAUUUUAUAUCCUGUCAUUAAAAAGAAAGACUGUUAUCCGGCUACACACUCCUGUGAUUUCAUUCUCUUUCACUAAUUUAAAAUAAUUUCCAAAAAUGUGCAGAUCUUUUGUGUGUAUGUCAGCACAUUUGUUCACAUAUGCACAUACACACACUCAUAACUCCUAUAUGCGUGGUUGCAUAACAGAUGAAUUUUUAAAGUAUAUACUUCCUUGUGCAGAGUAAUUUAUGCAGAAAUUCCAUUGUAAAUUGAUAAUGGAUUUUUUAUGUCACCAGAAUAGAUUAUUUGACUUCCCAGGAAUUUUCUGUCUGUAAUCACGAAAGCCAACUUUAAUAGAGUUUUGAAACAUUACUGUGCAAUCUGAUGGAUCUAAUAAAAAAAGGCAAUAUUCUUAUAUUAAAGUACUAUACUGGGAGAGAAUGUUUCAGAACUCCCUAAUGAAUUUCUAAGUGAGCAACCUGAUAUAAAAUUGUAAUCUUCAUUUUUGUCAGUGUAUCCAAUUACAGAAUGUUACGCACUUACCUUUUUAUUGGCAGAGCAAUCUGGUUACUUCAUCUUAAUCUCAAGAUUGUUUUCAAGGGUUUUAUAAUUAAAUCAUAAUGGCCUAUUUUAAAAUCAGUCUUCCUAAAAGGUCUGCUUUUAUUGUAUAUUUUAUUUAACAAUAGGCACUGGGUUUGUGUUGCGUAUUUAUAUUUUUUAUUUUAUUUUUAUAAUAUAGACAUCACCUAGAUGAAACACCUUUACCCUGUCCUGUAAAAUACUAAAGUUACAUUUUUCACCAACUUAAUUGGAAAGAAGGGGAGUGAGAAAGCAAACAGUCUUUAAUGUGCUGUGGAUCUAAUCUAGCAAGGUAUCCUUGUGCCAACAUGUAAUCAUUAACGACGGAUGAAAAAGCAAGAAAACAGCCAAUCUUUAUAAAAUUCCAUCAUUAAACAUUUGUAAAGUGCUUUUUGCCAUAGUAAGACUGUCAGAGUAUAUGUUAUUAGAAUGUUGCAGAUUUCCAUUGAAUCGAACCUCACUGGAGAAGAGCUCACUUGUUAUUAAAAAACCUUGGCUAUGUAAUCUGUCACCUGUACAAAUUUUUAACAUAAUAAUUCUUGCCAAAUAUGACUUUAAAUGUAUGUGUUCCUUCAGAACUCAAUGAAAAUACUCUUUGGUUAAUGUAUCAAUAAAUUUUCUGUAAAUGUUCUGUUUAGGGUUUUAAAGAGAUAUGACACAUUCUGACUUAAAUCUGCAAAAAGUCUAGUAGAUAUUUUUCUUCAUGGUUUUCAAGGCCAGCUCUCCAAGUUUGGAUUUUAACAAUAUAUAAGGCCUCUUUGCACUACUAAAAAACACAUCUACUCAUGACAAGUGCACACUCACUGUGGCUGCCCUUCUGUAAACAUCCAUUCCUAUAGAAUCUAAAUUGUGGAGCAGUAUAGAUUAUGCAGCACAAGCUGACUUUCUAAACCUGCUCCUUACCUUUAGGAAUACAACCCUCAAUUUAAAAACUAUACUGUAGCUGGUAUUUCUCUAUUGUUUUAAGGUGAGAGAUUUGCAAUUAAAGCCCAGUAAGCAUUUAUAUAGAAGCCACAACGUAGAAAGAUUGGUUAAGUACACUGCUCUUGUCUUCCAUAUAUGAUUACUUUAGUUUCAAGUGACCUCAUGCCAAAUGGAAAUGGGUUGAGAAAUCUUGGUUCAGUGCUUAGUGAACAAUAGCCUGCAUUAAAAAGUGCAUGCAUAAUUUUGCACAAUUUAGAUUCAAUUGACAGUCUAUUCAAAGAAGUCUCAGGAUUAAAUGAGCAUGGAGACCAAAUUGCCCUCUUACCCCAGAAAAGGGGUGGUCCCUUCUAGUCACACCAACACUUCAUUGGCCCAACAGUGUGACAAAUCUUGCAAUGAACCAUGCAGUAGCCUGCAUCUGUAGGUUAAUAGCAAUCUUUUGUCUCCAUUGCUUUCUCUUCAUAGCCCUUUUACUGAAUUCCAUCACAGAAAGUUUUACAAUUAAAAAAAAAAUGUCCUGACAACCAUUUUUGUAAAUGGACCUUACCAUCUAAUCGUCUCUUAUUCAACGUGGGUGACGUUAACAAAAUGUGAACUUCUUGUGAGGGAGCCAGCUGUCUAAAUCUGUCAAAUUGUGCAGUUUUAUUACACAUUCUCCCAUUCCUAGUUUCCCUGAAAACAAUAAGGAUACUGCUAUAUAUUCAGCAAAAUGUAAAAAAAUCAAGCAUUUCUUCUUACAUCUUUAAACUUUCCAUCUCCUCCCCAAAAUAAAAGGUGUCCUAUUGCCAUAAGUUCUACUGUUUAAAAUAUCUAUAUUAAGUUGACCAGACCCAGGUUUUUUAUACGGCUUUUUCCCAAGUGAAAGAUUUUUAAGUGACUUAGAAAAACAUAUGUGCCCCAGGUGUCAUUGCCUUUUCUUUUGUGAGUCAUUAGAAUAAAAGACCAAGUUCUUCUCAAGAGAAGAUAGCAAGAUCCACGGAUAUUAAACCAAGCAAAGAAAGUAAAGUCAUUGGAGUCAUUUCUUUCUGUUCUUAGGAGAAAAGUAGAUAGCACUGGCUAAUUGAUGGCAACAUAUUUUAAAUUAAGUGGUCAAUUCAAAAAAAUCUCUUUGACCUUUUCUUUCAAGUAGAUUUUUUAAAUGCAUGACUGGCGAAUUAUCUUCCAUGAUUCAUGAUGAGAGGCAGGUAGGAAUUGAUUAAGAAGUAUGAGCUAGGAAAAAAUUAUUGUUUAAUCACAUGAAAGGCAACAUCUGCUCAGUUCAUAAAGCACACAAUCUCAAAUGGAAAGAAAAGGUCCUUCGUAAGAAUACUGAUGGGUAAGAUAAAGACUAAAUAAUGAAAAAGAAAAUUGUAUAUUAUUAUUUCCUUGUCCAUUCUCAAGUUUAAUGUCAGUUGAAUGUGAAACGAUGUUAUAGUUGUUUUAAAUGUUUGGAAAUAACCUUUCUACUACUGUUUCUGCCAUACUGUUGUCCUGGUUCAUAGAACCUUGUUUUCUUGACAGUUAUUUAAGAUAAAAGUGACACCAAUUGGCAGAUGUUUAAGUGAAAAGGAGAAAAGAUUUAAGAAACUUGAGUGAUGGCAAAAAGUGCUUCCAUCCAUAACUUUUCUUCUUGGAUUUUUUUCAAUGUAAUUAUUGUAAAAUAUAUAUUUUAUUUUAUCACAAAGAAUACUCAGAAGUUUUCUCAGAUUACUGAGUAUCUCAUAAAGAGUAGAGAAACCAACACACACAUAUAUAUAUAUACACACAACCUAAAUAAAAAACGGUUCUGUUUGUCAUUGGCAAGUCCCAGAUAGUUACUUCUUUCCUAUUUAUUUCUUUGGAAAUAAUUACAAAAUAAUAUAAUAACAAUUUUAAUCCAUUUGCUCUUUUUUUUUUUUUUGAGACGGAGCCUUGCUCUGUUGCCCAGACUGGGGUGCAAUGGUGCGAUCUCAGCUUGCUGCAACCUCAACCUCUCGUGUUCAAGCAAUUCUCCUGUCUCAGCCUCCCAAGUAGCUGGGAUUACAGGUGCCCACCACCAUGCCUGGCUAAUUUUUUUGUGUUUUUAGUAGAGAUAGGGUUUUAUCAUAUUGGCCAGGCUGGUUUUGAACACCAGAUUUCAAGCGAUGCACUCGCCUUGGCCUCCCAUAGUGCUAGGAUUACAGGCGUGAGCCACCAUGCCCUGCCUCCAUUUGCAUUUGAUACUGUUUUAUCUCUGAAUUAUAAACCAUACAAACCUACCAGAUGUAAGAUGUGAGAUUAGAUGCUACAUCUAGUAGCGUUCAAGGAAUACAUUAAACUUUUAUUAGUCUAACUUUCCACUAAGCCUCUUAGCUUUGAAACCUGAAAAAGAAAUCAAGCCCAAAUUUAAAUAGAGGAAAACUAUGGUAUGCCAUUGGGAGAUAUAAUUUUCAUUGUAGUUGACUGAUUAACAAAUUAGUUUAAGUAUUUCUAUAAAAUGUUACCUAUAAUGUCUGUGUUCUCUUCUUCUCCCUCCCUCCCUCCCUCCCGCCUUCUUCCUCGCUCUCUCUCGCUCUCUCUCUCUCUCUCUCUCUCUCAGCUAAUACACACACACACACACACACACACACACACAGACAUAUUCUUUUUUCUUUUAGCCACUUCCCUGUCCUAUAUUUUCUGUUGGCUUUGCCUAAAUAGACAUGUUCUCAAUAUACCCAUAUUCAAGGUAGCCUGGGAUAGUUUGCUAUUGAUUUUGCUAGUUAUGAUCUUUUCCUUGUUUUUAUGAAAAACAGCCUCUCCUUGUCCCACAUUUUCUCAAAUUCUAUAUAACAAAGAAUAGUAGAUAGUAAACAAAUGUCAUACUAGACUGAUCUAUUACAAUCCUUGAAAGAUAUAAGGAAGAGUAUAAAUCGCUAACAGUCCAGAUACUCCAGCGGCCCAAGCAUAGAUAUAAGAAAGACAUAGGGAAUAACACGGGUGAGCUAACAGCAGGGAAAGUUAGUAGCUAUUUCUUAGCCAGGGAACAACCUUCUCUAUGGAAUAAUUUUAAAGAAAAUUAUUCCAAAUCCGUGAGGAAAAAAAUAAGCAGUUCGUCAAUGGAGACUUUAAAAACCUUUAUUUCCCCACCCCUGGGUUGAGAUUAGAAGUUGCAGAGAACACAGAACAAAGUCCCAUGGCAGAAAAUGUACAUAUUUUUACUCCCAGGAAGUAAAGUAUUACUUGAAUGCUGGCAAUACCAUCAGAAAGUCCAUGUUUACAAUACAUAAAAGAAAUAUAUGUUUGCUAUCUUACUCUCUUUCUCUUCUGUCACACCAACACAAAUUGGUCAUACCUCCAAUAAUUAAUAAGAUGACAAGGAAAGUGGGAAACCUAAGAAUAGAAGCAUAUAAAUAUAAAUAGAAGCAUAUAAAUAUGCUUCUACUGUGUUUCAGUCCUUCUUUCUCUUAACUGUCUUCUCUAAAUAAGUUUUGGACAUCACCUCGAAAUAAGAUUUUAGAAGAGUAACAUAUAUUCGUGGGAUUGGGAGGAAGUAUUGUAGAACUGUUUUCUUCCCAGUCAUACAGUGGUCUUCCUAGCUGCUAUGGAAAGGUUUGUUCACUUAUGAGACUAAGACUUUUCUCAAAUUCCUUAUUAAAUAUGAACCUUAGGUAUACCCAUCAUUUACCUUGAUUCUCAUAUGAUUUGUAUAGGUCAUAUAUAAGUCAAUUAACAAAAUAAAAAAUAAAUAAUUAGAUUCCUUGUAUCAACAGAAAGCCUUGUACUUAAAAUCUGUUCUUCUUUUUUGAGCCAGACUAAAUAGUAACAUAAAAAAAUGGUAUCAGCUCAACAUAAAUCUAAGGUUACCUCUUAACAUACAUCAUAAAGUCAGCCAUCUUCUUUAUAGGGUUUCUUUUUACAUAUAUAGAUUAUGUAUUACUUAAAUUCAAAGUACAUUUGUGUAUGUAUGUAUAUAUAUAUAUACAUAUAUAUGCAACUUAAUAUAAAUGUAUGAUGCAUUAUCUCAAUUGACUAUAAUCUCCUAAGUCAAAAAGAACAUUGCAGCACAUAAUAUAGAAAGAACUGAACAAUAACAGUAAUGGGAAAUUCAUAACGGCUAAAUAUGAAAUAAGCUUUGUCUUUGCAGUUACAAACUAAUUCUUGUACAUUUUUGUUUUCAUUAAAAAAAAUAACUGAUUGAUAGUUUUCAUUUACAUGAACAAAGUAUGAUCAGGUUUGGGAUGGUAUGCCCAAAAGAUAUGUUUCUUUACCUCAUAUUCUUAAAAUCUGAGACAUGACUUGUCUAGAAUAAAUUAAGAUUUCAUGUACAAUAGAGUCCCUUUCCUAAUACUAUUAUUGAAAAACUCAGUUGACUACCUUAUGAGAAAUCAGAUAUUUCCCUUAUCUCAUUAUAUUCACUACACGUUUAGACAUGCAUUUCACCAAGAACCAUGUAGUAAUAAGAUAAAUAGUAACUGAGGUACUAUGAAAAUUUUAGAACUUGAUUCUUCAGGACAUGCUACAGUAAACUAAACUAUUUAUUCAAAAGUAACCCAACUAAUUAAAGUGAAAAAAAAUUGUUGAAUCAUAAUGAACAAAUAUAAAAUACUAAAAUGAAAACUGUCUUUUUUGGUUUCAUCUGUGAUUAAUUUUGUCCAGUUUUAAGGAAUGAUUAUCUUUAUCAUUCUUCUAACAUGUUUUGUUGUCUCUAGCGGUUCAUUUUCCUUUAGGUUGUUGAAAAUUAGGGCAGUUUGUCCAGAACCUUACUCACAGCAAAUACCAGAAUUAACUCAUACUUAGAAUUCUGUUAAUAAGAGGGAGAAGGUAUAUGAACAGGUACUAAAGGCAAGUAGAAGCUUAAGGGAGCAGGGUUAACAUAUGUUCUAGGAGAGAUUUCUCUAACUGUCUGAAAAGUUACCUGCAUAGUCAUUGGCUCAGGAAAUUUCUCUGAAUUUGAACUUAUUUGAUUUAUUUAACCGAGUUAUUAUAAUAUGCAGUUCUCUUUAAUCAAUCUUCUAUUAUUCAAUCAUCUAUCCAUUUAUUAAUUCAAAAGAUAUUUAUUAAAGUGCCUACCAUGAUUAUGUGCUGUAGAAAAGACAAGGACAUUCAGUGGGGGGAUUGUGGGCCCCGUAGGCAUCAUGAGCAUGUUUGAAGGAAAAGACAAUAAUCACGUCCAACAGCACCAGUUCAGCUCAACUUUAGAAUUCAGCAGUAAUAGUACAGAUGGCCUAAAGUACAUCUGUGUGUAUCUGUACGUGUGCACACACCCAUGUAUAUAUAUUUAUCUAUCUGUACAAACACUACAUAUGUAUACACACUAUCUAUGUAAAAUAUAAUAUAUGUAUAAUGCAUAUAAAUUCUAACAAGUGUAUUUGUGUUAUCUUUAAAAUAGAACAAUUGUAUCUUGAAGUGGUAAAUGCAGAGAAUUGGUUUUAUUGUUGAUCUGUGGAUUUAAUGAUUUUUAGGUGAAAAGGAUGUUUAAGUGUAUAAUUUCUUUUCUUAAUUUAAUAUAUUUAUGUAAAUGCAUGCCUGAAAUUUGGUUAGAUUGGCUGUGUUUUGUCUCUUUUAACAUGAUCAAAUGUAUUAAACUUUAUCUUAUGACUUGA